CAUUAGUGGCAUUUCUAUUCCAGUGAUUGUAUUCGAUUUUUGAAAAAUAUAAAGCGACAACAAUGUCGAUUUCACCAUUCUUACGUUCCCCGUUCACGGAUUUGACGGGAGGUAUUCACUCUCAUCAAAUGCUGGGACGAUGCCAGAAGGAGGAGGGUCGCUACAUGGAUUGCCUGGAGGCCUACGGGCUUGAGCGCGGAAAGAUCAAGUGCUCCCAUUUAUUUGGUGAUUUCCAUGAGUGUCAGACAUCUAUGAAACAGUACAAACGAUUUAUGGCAAUGCGCAGGGAACGUGACAGACAAAUAGCUGAAGGAAAACUGAAGGGAGACAACCAAUAUGUAACACCUAAAGUAGACAGUUUCUAAAUAUGCUUAGCACUCCUUUCAAUAGUUACAAUUUAUUCUGCCACUCAACUGUAAUACUGUGUAAAUAAAAUAUUACAAUCAG